ACAAUUUGCUUCUUCAAAGUGUACACAAAACAAAGCCCAAAAAAAAAAAUUUCAUAUAGUUCUCACUCUUUUGGAAAAAUUUUUAAAAUUUUCUGAAUAUUAUGGCGAUGAGUAUGCCACACCAGAUCGGUGCCUUAUCAGGAACACCGUUAACGGCGGAGACCGGCGGCGAAGUUCCGGCGAAGGGAAACACAACUGCAUCAGCUGUAUGGAGAACGCCGUUGACGAAUCUAAGAGUAUCGGUGCAGAAAACAGGAGCUGACGUGGACAUGUUGUCGCCGACGCCAUCUCCGCCGUUGAGUCCGUUGAAAGGAGGAAUGCGGCCGGAUUUAUCGGUAGCAUGUCAAGCACUAAUGGAAGCUCUGGCAGAAACGGCGGUGGAGAGAGAGCAUAGGCUCGGGAAUUCUCCGGAAAAAGGGAAAGGAGUGCCGGUGUUUGUUAUGAUGCCGUUGGACAGCGUGAAGAUGGAUCAUACGGUGAAUAGGAAGAAGGCGAUGAACGCGAGUUUGCAGGCGUUGAAGAGCGCAGGAGUGGAAGGGAUCAUGAUGGAUGUGUGGUGGGGAUUAGUGGAGAGAGACGCGCCGGGGGAAUACAAUUGGGGCGGUUACGCUGAGCUAUUGGAAAUGGCGAAGAAGCAUGGGCUCAAAGUCCAGGCUGUCAUGUCGUUUCAUCAAUGUGGCGGAAACGUCGGUGAUUCCUGCACGAUCCCUCUUCCAAGGUGGGUUGUUGAGGAGAUGGAGAAGGAUCCUGACCUCGCAUACACAGAUCAGUGGGGAAGGAGGAAUUAUGAAUAUGUAUCGCUCGGUUGUGACACACUUCCAGUUCUUAAAGGGAGGACUCCUGUUCAAUGUUAUUCUGAUUUCAUGAGAGGGUUCAGAGAUAGAUUUGAGAACCUGCUAGGGGACACCAUUGUGGAAAUUCAAGUUGGAAUGGGUCCUGCUGGAGAGCUUCGUUACCCAUCCUACCCCGAACAAGAUGGAACAUGGAAAUUCCCUGGAAUUGGGGCUUUUCAGUGUUAUGACAAGUACAUGAUCAGCAGCUUAAAGGCUGCAGCAGAAGCUUUUGGCAAGCCUGAAUGGGGACACACAGGUCCAACAGACGCUGGUCACUACAACAAUUGGCCAGAAGAUACCAACUUUUUCAGGAAGGAAGGUGGUGGAUGGGAUGGUCAAUAUGGGGAGUUCUUCCUCACUUGGUAUUCUCAAAUGCUUUUGAACCAUGGUGAGAGGAUAUUGCAAUCUGCCAAGGCAACAUUCGAUAACAAGGGCGUUAAGAUUUCGGUUAAGAUUGCAGGCAUUCACUGGCAUUAUGGAACAAGGUCCCAUGCCCCUGAGCUCACGGCUGGGUACUACAACACCCGUUUCCGUGAUGGUUACCUUCCCAUCGCCCAGAUGCUUGCCCGCCACGGUGCAAUUUUCAACUUCACAUGUGUUGAGAUGCGAGACCAUGAGCAGCCACAAGAUGCACAAUGUGCACCUGAGAAGUUGGUUAGGCAAGUGGCAUUAGCAACUCAGGAAGCUCAAGUUCCACUCGCUGGGGAGAAUGCAUUGCCACGAUAUGACGACUAUGCACAUGAACAGAUCCUUCAAGCAUCCUCAUUGGGUAUCGAUGAUCAAUCAAGUGACAGAGAGAUGUGUGCAUUUACAUACUUGAGGAUGAAUCCAGACCUGUUCCAUCCUGAUAAUUGGAGGCGAUUCGUCGCUUUUGUGAAGAAAAUGAAAGAAGGAAAGGACGUGCACCGUUGUCGGGAACAACUAGAGCAAGAGGCAGAGCAUUUUGUGCAUAUAACUCAGCCUUUAGUGCAAGAAGCUGCAGUCGCCCUUAUGCACUAAACAAAUCUUGGCUGUAAACUUGUGCAAAAUGGACGCAAAAUACCUUGUAGCAUGCAGUUUUUCAGUAUGUUACCGGGAUCUUAUCUUUCUCGUUCUUCUUAUGUUGUAAAACAUACUAUCGUGUAAUUUUUCAAACUCAGAUAUGUCUUAAUGAUAUGAUACAUAAUUCAGUAGUAGCUCCAA